UCGAGUGGGAAGUGCGGACAGCCAAUCACCUUACUGUACUUGGAAAAGAGGCGGUGACUGUAAACCACUUACGUCAGCAGGUUGAGCCCCGGCUCGCAUUGUCGGUUUACUUCGAUUUGUAGAAUCACGGGAGUGAACAUGGGGUCGGUAAGGUUUCCAGUUGAUUUUGCCACUGACCUCAAAGAUAAGAAGUUUGAUGGGAUAGUCUUGGUGACAGACUGCAUAGAGAAGCUCCCUGCUGCACUCCAGUGCCUGGUGGCCCCCCUCAAGGAAUACAAACAGGUAGACGCUGCUGUGCACAGCGAGGUGGUCCUGCUGAAGGUCCCGGGCGUUCCAGGGGACAGAUUGGUGUUUGCGCCGACCGGACCCCUGGACCGCGAUUACGAUGACGUGAGGAGAUUCACCGACGCGGCCGUCGCUGGGAUGAAGAGAGCUCUGAAAGCGGGGAUGCAGAGCCCCCUGCUGGUGUGUCCCGCACACAGCACCUUCAAGGAGAGCACGCUGGUGUCUGUGCUGGGAGCUCUGCACGCUCUGUAUGUGCCGCUGGAGGUGCGAGAGGCUUACCCAGAGAAGCCUCGCAAGGUGGAUGCCCUGGGGUUCUGGGUUCCAGGGGAGGCGGAGGGCAAGAGGAUCAAGCAUCUAGCCUGCGCACUGGAGAGCGGCCGGGUGGUGUGUCGGGAUAUCGGGGGCUCGGACCCCGAGAGGAUGGCAGCCCCCCUGGUAGUGAAGUACGUUGAGGAGCUCUUCAACAACACCCCCAUCAAGGUGUGCGUUGUGAGUGACGUCAAGCAGCUGGAGAAGGAGUACCCCUGCCUGGCAGCCGUGAACCGCUGCGCCAACGCUGUGCCUCGUCACCAGGCCAGAGUAAUCAAACUGGAGUACACUGGAGAGGAGCCCAUCGAUCAGACCCUGCUGCUGGUGGGAAAGGGCAUCACGUACGACACGGGCGGAGCUGACAUUAAGGCCGGGGGGUUUAUGGCUGGAAUGCACCGGGAUAAGUGUGGCUCUGCAGCCGUGGCGGGAUUCUUCCAGGUGCUGGCUGAGCUGAAGCCUAAGAAUCUGAAGGUGCUGGGUGCUAUGGCGAUGGUGCGGAACAGCGUGGGGGCCGAUUGCUAUGUGGCGGAUGAGCUCAUCACAUCUCGGGCUCAGAGGCGCAUUCGCGUGGGGAACACGGACGCUGAGGGCAGGAUGGUGAUGGCAGACCUGCUGAGCGAGAUGAAGGAGCGGGCCCUGUCGGAGGUAGCCCCCGAGCUGUUCACCAUCGCCACCCUCACCGGGCACGCCAUCCGUGCCAUGGGACCCAAUUACUCUAUCAUCAUGGAUAAUGGCCCAGCCCGGAGCGUUGGGAAUGCUCAGCAGUGGCAGAAAGCGGGUGAUGAGCUGGGUGAUGUGUUUGAGAUCUCCACCGUGCGCCGAGAGGAUUUCGAUUUCCACCGCGGCAAGUCUGAAUACGAAGACAUCCUGCAGUGCAACAACCUGCCCUCCAGCGCCACCCCUAGGGGGCACCAGACCCCCGCCGCCUUCCUCAUCAUGGCCUCGGGGCUCGACCAGCACGGUGUGGAUUCCGAGAAGCCGCUCCGAUAUUCCCACAUUGACAUUGCCGGAUCGUCUGGACCGUUCCCUGGAAUUCCCACUGGAGCGCCCAUCCUCACCAUGGCAACCAAUUACAUCUUGCACCGCCUCUGAGACCAGCCAAUCAGAAGCCGUCUCCUGGCACCUCGGUCUAAAUCCCACCGAAUCAGAAGCCAUCGCUGCCAGUACAGCCAAUACCAAUCGUAUCAUUGUCUGAGUCGGCCAAUCAGGAGCUGGCUGUGCGGCACACACGCCAAUCAGUAAACAAAGCAACAAAAAUCUAAUUAAUUUCACUUUUUCCUGUUUAAAGCCAGUCAAUUGGAAAGGCGUUCUGUAAACCUAUAACAUUUUGCACAAACAGACACGUUUGCUGUAGUGUGCCUGAAAUGUUGCUUUGUUCAACCGUGGAACCUGCAACACUGUAAAUGCAUUUCUUUUGUGUGUGUCGGCUGAAAAAAAAAUAAUAAUAAAAAUUAUAUAUUAACCAGCA